GUACUGCAGGUCAGCUUGUAGGUGUGAUGAGGGUCUCCCCUCUGUGUGGGUGAAUACCUCACCCAGGACUAAUGAAUGAACACACAUCACACACAGCGGGGACAGGCAGAGGGAGAGCGAGGUAUUGCUUUCGGUGAGUUUGAGCCCUUUAAACUGAAGGGAAAGAGACGAGGGAAGUAUCCCUGCAACUCUGCUGCUCUGGAGGAGGUUCCUGUCCUGGUGUAGGUGUCAGAGCACGAUGGUGGCAUUUAAAGGGAUCUGGACCAAGGACUUCUGGAGGGCUGUAUCCGGAGAGUACCUGGCCACGCUGAUCUUUGUCCUCCUCGGUCUGGGCUCCACCAUCAACUGGGCCGCGGGGGAGGAGAAGCCUCCCCCGGCCGACCUGGUGCUUAUCUCGCUGUGCUUCGGCCUCAGCAUCGCCACCAUGGUGCAGUGCUUCGGUCACAUCAGCGGCGGACACAUCAACCCGGCCGUCACCGCAGCCAUGGUUGUGACGAGGAAGCUGAGCCUGGCCAAGGCUGUGUUCUAUGUGGUGGCUCAGUGUCUGGGAGCCGUGACAGGAGCGGGGAUCCUCUACCUUGUCACACCUGCUGCGUUCAGAGGGUCGCUCGGCGUGACCACGGUGAACUCCAACAUCUCAUUAGGACACGGCCUCCUGGUGGAGCUCAUUAUCACGUUCGAGCUGGUUUUCACCGUCUUCGCCACCUGUGAUCAGAAACGCACAGACCUCGGAGGCUCCGGCGGCCUGGCCAUCGGCCUUUCUGUGGCGAUUGGCCACUUGUUUGCAAUUCCUUUCACAGGAGCCAGCAUGAACCCUGCUCGUUCUUUUGGGCCUGCGAUGGUCACCCUUAACUUCGAGAACCACUGGGUGUACUGGGUGGGGCCUAUCCUGGGCGGCAUACUGGCUGCCGGCCUGUACGAGUACCUGUACUGCCCUGACGCUGAGCUUAAGAAGAGGCUCAAAUACAUCUUCCAGAAGGACCCAUCGGGGAAAUACAGGGAGGUGGAGGCUGAGGACCUUUCCAUCAAGCCGGGCUCCAUCCACGCCAUCGACCUGGAGAAAGCGGAGAAGAAAGAUCCUUUCCAGGACUCGCCGGGGGAGGUGCUGUCCUCUGUAUGACUAUCACGUGCACUGGAAAUGGAGACCAAUCUAUAGACCAGAUUGACAAUCAAACUUUGGAAUAUCCACCUGACCACCCCCCCUCAAAAGACUUUGUCCUAAUCACAGCAGAAUAUGAUUUGUAUCAUGAGGCAUCGCAGCAGGGCAGAAUCACUCUCAUCGUCAUAAAGCUAAUAUGAUGUUACGGCUCAAUCCCGCAAACACCUACACUUACAGCCUGUUCGAUACUCCUCCUGAGGGCCCUGUGUGAUGAUGUGGCAGCAUGCGGUGCACAUUGCACACAUACAGCCCCCGCAAUACAUUUUGUUAGAGGGACCUUUACUGGGCCAACCAAUUAGGUAGGGGUCAUCUUGCUGCACUAGAGAAGUGAAGAAGAAAAUGCAGCCUUGUUAUUUUUGGAUUAGUGUCACAUUCGGUCCGUGUACUGUAUAUGUAAUACCAGGUGAGAUUUUCCAUGUGAUCAUUAAGCACAUUACAGGUCCCGGGUAAAACAUGAGCCAUCUGUGACAGCAUUAUUAUUAGAGUUAUAUUAUAGUGCUCUCCAUUUUCAGUGCAUUAGUCAGGGAAGAAACCAACGCAUCUUUAUGGAGGCAUUCUGUGGUGGUUUAUUUCUGCUUUUUGACGUUCUUGUUGUCACUAUGAUUUCUGUUUUGUUUUUAUAAAAUGUGAUGAGCAGUUUUUUGGGAUCCAAAUUUGCUUCUUCUCAUACAUUUCUUUGCUGUUAUUCAAGCGUUUAAUUUAUUGAUAACACAUUUGGCUGAUUUCCUUAACUUUGUGCUCAAACGCAGUAUUUCUAAGUCAUGCUCGCAAACUGGAUGUGCUACAAGAUGUAAAAGAAGAUUUUAAAAAAAGUCUAAAUCAGGAAUAACUUCUCUUUAGCUUUUUAACAUUUCUUAAGUGAAACGCCUCACAGAUCCACUGCAGCCUCCACAUGUUUAUGAGAAGUCCAGUGACUACACCUACAAGGUUUUUCAAUUGAGUCACAGUUUCUGUUCAGGCAGCUGAGCACUGGGGAGACGAGCGGUCCGGAUCGAUGAUAGAUUGGCUCAUCUACUCAGAUGAUGUCUCCCUGCGGCCAGAUAAAUGUCCAUAUUGUGUGUUCCUCGUGAGUUAAGUCUCGAGGAAUGGCUUCGUAUAAUCUCAUGCCAUCAGGCACCGACCACAGAAACUGAUGCCACUUUGUGAUACGACACAGAUCUUGUUGUGUCUCCACUUUUUAAGAACGGGUGUGAUUCCAUUUAUUUUCUCUAGGAUGCAGACGAAAUGAUGAGACCCUCUCAUCAUGCUGCAUCAAGUUUUAUACACAGGUGUAUUUCGUUUAAAAGGCUAGAAUGCCACUGUGCAAGAUGAUUUUCCUCCUACAUUUCCCAUCUCACCCUUUUUCAAAACAUGGUGCAUAUUCAUUUUUUUGUGUCACAACAGCAUCCCUUACUGGCCGCAGUGUGAAUCGCACACUAUGUAAUACUGCUCCCAUCUGCAUUUCUCCAGGGGAGGGCAGCCACGAGCCUUGGAUGUGCAGGUUCCUCUGCAGACACAAAGUCAGUUUUAUUUAUUCAAGUCUGAGACACAUUUCAUUUGAAACUGGUCCAAGCCAUUAAUUCAGAACUGCACUGGAGGAUUAAGUGUUACGCAGCCCUGCAACAGGGACCCAGUGCUUAAGUGGGAGCAAAGCAACUGAAAUAGUUCUUUUUUUUUUAAAUUUUUGUCAAACUUUGUAUUCUUAGCAUUUUUACAGUAUUAAUUACUGUUUGUCGCUUGAGCUGCCUAAAUUAAGUUGUAUCCUUCAUACUUUCUUAUUAAAGAUGAAACUCUUGUGCACUUGUGAGAUUGUUGUGCUGUUCUUCAAGGCCUUGCUGGAGUUGGAGACGAACAGCAUUGAAUCUCUUGGCGGCUCCGAUCCUUUACCUGCAGGCCCGCUGCCCGAGUCCCUUAAGGCUCCAGUGGCUCGAGGCCAGCGCCGUCUCAGCUCCCCCUUAAUCAUCUUUA